GUGAAAGUGAAAGUCAGCAGCUCCAUUUUGUGUGGCGGAGAAAACGCACCUUUUCAGGACUAAAACGCGGUGAGUUUCUCCAUCUAAAGCUUUAAUAGAGCCCUCUGAAAGUAUUGGCCCCUUGCAGUGGCGUCACAUUUCCGUUCUCCCCCGUCGCUCCCCGAUACCUGGGGAACAAGCCAACUUUGUUCACAGACUGAAGCCAGGUGAAGAUGUCCGGCGUCUGUUGCUGUUGUCCGGAGAAGACUGCAGCUAAAAAAGCUCUGCUACCGGAUUACUUGGAUAAUCUUAGUCAGAAAGAAGCGAAGGAUAGAUAUCGGCGGAAAUGAGAGUUUAUUAGCGGUUAUGAUCCCAACAAAAUCCCUCGAAGCGACUGGAGUGACGGUGCAGAUUUGUGGGCGAGCGUUAGCGUUAGCGCCAUGCUGGAACAGACCUUCUUUUUCCUGAAGAGGAAACACACGGAAGAACACUGACACACUCAGAUAGAGAUUAUUACUAAUAAUGAUAAUUUAGAGAUCUCACUGGCUGAAAGCGGAGCUCCCCCCGGUAGGGGGACCGGAUUUCCCGAGUCUAACACCGGUGUCACGAAUGAUGGAGGGAAAGAGAUCAGACUCACCAGAACCCAGCUGUGUGUCCAUGAAGAGUGACUGGUCAAUGGGACGCCCAAUUCACUUCAGAGACAGAGACAGUCCUGCUGAUCUGAGAAUGAUGGAGGGAAAGGGAUCAGACUCACCAGAACCCAGCUGUGUGUCCAUGAAGAGUGACCGGUCAAUGGGACGCCCAAUUCACUUCAGAGACAGAGACAGUCCUGCUGAUCUGAGACCACAAAAGAAGAAAUCAAACAUCAGCAGAAAGCGGCUGGAGUCCAUAUUCAAGGAGCUGGAACACAAAGUCAUCAGUGUGAUCCAGAAGGAGCUGAAGAGGUUUAAGAAGCUCCUGAGUCCAGAUUCCCCAGCAUGCUCCGAGAGGGAGGUGGAGGAUGAGGAGGAUCAGAGCAGUGUCAGAGAGGGAGUGCUGAAGAUCACACUGCACUUCCUGAAGAACAUGAACCACACAGAUCUCGCUCACGCACUGCGCUACAAACACGUCUCUGUGUAUCGGCAAAAGCUGAAAUCCAACCUGAGAGAGAAGUUUAAAAGAGUUAAUGAAGGAAUCUCACAGCAUGGAAGCUCAGCUCUUCUGAAUGAGAUCUACACAGAGCUCUACAUCACAGAGGGUUGGAGUGGAGAUGUCAAUAAAGAACAUGAGGUGAGACAGAUUGAGACGGCGUCCAGGAGACCAGCAACACAGGAGACACCCAUCAAAUGUAAGGAUCUCUUUAAAGACACGUCCAUCAGAAGUGUGCUGACUAAAGGAGUUGCUGGAAUUGGAAAAACAGUCUCUGUGCAGAAGUUCAUUCUGGACUGGACUGAAGAAGAGAAUCAGGACGUCACCUUCAUGUUCCCACUUCCCUUUAGAGAGCUGAAUCUGAUGAAGGAGAGAAAUCUCAGUCUGAUGAAUCUUCUUUAUCACUUUUUCCCAGAAAUGAAAGAAUUACGAUUCAUAGACUGUGAUAUGAACAAAGUCCUGUUGAUCUUUGAUGGUCUGGAUGAGUGUCGACUUCCUCUAAAUUUCCAGAACAAUGAGAGAUUGUGUGAUGUGACAGAGUCGGCCUCAGUGGAUGUGCUGCUGACAAACCUCGUCAAGGGGAAUCUGCUUCCCUCUGCUCUCCUCUGGAUAACCUCUCGACCAGCAGCAGCCAAUCAGAUCCCUCCUGAGUGUGUAGACCAGGUAACAGAGGUACGAGGGUUCAGUGAUCCUCAGAAAGAGGAGUACUUCAGGAAGAGGAUCAGUGAUCAGAGCCUGGCCAAUAAAAUCAUCACACACAUGAAGUCUUCAAGAAGCCUCUACAUCAUGUGCCACAUCUCAGUCUUCUGCUGGAUCUCAGCCACUGUUCUCGAGAGAAUGUUGGGUGAAGCAGAGAGUGGAGAGAUCCCCAAGACUCUGACUCAAAUGUUCACACACUUCCUGAUCUUUCAGAUCAAACACAAGGACCAAAAGUACCAUCAGAAAUGUGAGCCUGAUCCUCAGCAGACCAGAGCGAGUAUCCUGGCACUGGGAAAACUGGCUUUCCAACAGCUGGAGAAAGGAAACCUGAUCUUCUAUGAGGAAGACCUGAGAGAGUGUGGCAUUGAUGUGAGAGAAGUGUCAGUGUACUCAGGAGUGUGUACCCAAAUCUUCCGAGAGGAGUUUGGGCUUCACCUGGGGAAGGUGUUCAGCUUCGUACAUCUGAGUGUUCAGGAGUUUCUGGCUGCUUUAUACGUCUUUCUCUGUUUUAUUUGUAGAAAGAGAAAUGUGCUCAUGGAACAAACGACUGGACUUUUUAAUUUCUUAAUAAAGUCAAACAUGUCUGAUUUCCUCAGGAGUGCAGUGGACAAGGCCUUACAGAGUGAGAAUGGACACCUGGACCUGUUCCUCCGCUUCCUUCUGGGUCUCUCACUGGAGUCCAAUCAGACUCUCUUACGAGACCUACUGCCCCAGACAGGAAGUAGUGCUCACAGCAAACAGGAAACAGUCGAGUACAUCAAGGAGAAGAUCAGGGAGAAUCCAUCUCCCGAGAAAUCCAUCAAUCUGUUCCACUGUCUGAAUGAACUGAAUGAUCAUUCUCUAGUGCAGGAAGUACAACGUUACCUGAACAGAGGAGAUUCCAGGCGUCUCAGUGGAGUCAGACUCUCUCUUGCGCAGUGGUCAGCUGUGGUGUUUGUGUUACUGAACUCAGAACAGGAGCUGGAUGAGUUUAAUUUGAGUAAAUAUGACCCAUCAGAUGAAUGUCUUCUGAAGCUGCUGCCCGUGGUCAAAGCCUCCAGAAAAGCUGUUCUGUGGGGGUGUAAACUGACAGAGGAAAGCUGUAGAGUUCUGUCCUCAGUUCUCAGCUCAAACUCCUCCAGACUGAGAGAACUGAACCUGAGAGACAAUAACCUGCAGGAUUCAGGAGUGAAGCUGCUCUCUGCUGGACUGGAGAAUCCACACUGUACACUGGAGACACUGAGUCUGUGUGCGUGUAAACUGACAGAGGAAAGCUGUAGAGUUCUGUCCUCAGUUCUCAGCUCAAACUCCUCCAGACUGAGAGAACUGAACCUGAGACACAAUAACCUGCAGGAUUCAGGAGUGAAGCUGCUCUCUGCUGGACUGGAGAAUCCACACUGUACACUGGAGACACUGAGUCUGCGUUGGUGUAAUCUGACAGAGGAAAGCUGUAGAGUUCUGUCCUCAGUUCUCAGCUCAAACUCCUCCAGACUGAGAGAACUGAACCUGAGACACAAUAACCUGCAGGAUUCAGGAGUGAAGCUGCUCUCUGCUGGACUGGAGAAUCCACACUGUACACUGGAGAUACUGAGGUUGUCUGGCUGCAGGAUUACAGGUGAAGGUUGUGCUGCUCUGGUUUCAGCUCUGAGGUCAAAUCCCUCAUCACACCUGAGAGAACUGGAUCUGAACUGCAAUAAUCCAGGAGAAUCAGGAGUGAAGCUGCUCUCUGAUCUACUGAAGGAUCCACACUGUACACUGGAGACACUACAUCUGCGUGGGUGUAAUCUGAGAGAGGGAAGCUGUAGAGUUCUGUCCUCAGUUCUCAGCUCAAACUCCUCCAGACUGAGAGAACUGAACCUGAGUCGCAAUAACCUGCAGGAUUCAGGAGUGAAGCUGCUCUCUGCUGGACUGGAGAAUCCACACUGUACACUGGAGACACUGAGUCUGUGUGUGUGUAAUCUGACAGAGGAAAGCUGUAGAGUUCUGUCCUCAGUUCUCAGCUCAAACUCCUCCAGACUGAGAGAACUGAACCUGAGAGACAAUAACCUGCAGGAUUCAGGAGUGAAGCUGCUCUCUGCUGGACUGGAGAAUCCACACUGUACACUGGAGACACUGAGGUUGUCUGACUGCAGGAUUACAGGUGAAGGUUGUGCUGCUCUGGUUUCAGCUCUGAGGUCAAAUCCCUCAUCACACCUGAGAGAACUGGAUCUGAACUACAGUAAUCCAGGAGAAUCAGGAGUGAAGCUGCUCUCUGAUCUACUGAAGGAUCCACACUGUACACUGGAGAAACUACAAUUUCAUCUUGAUCUGAUCUGAGUCUCACACACAGAGGAUGAUGAGGAUAAACCCUUACAGUACAAAGUGAUUUGAAAAUCAUCAUCAUUUAGUGAUAAUCAGAUGUGUACAACAUGUCAGCACUUCCACUUCUCUAGUUGUUUAUAAAAAUACACCAGCUUAGAUAAAUAAACUUUAAUGAACUCAACACUCAUAAAUAUUUUCUUAUUCAUAUCUUUUACAGCAAAACAGAAACUGUUAAUGCACAUCGAAGAUCAUUUAAUAGUUUUGUAUGUACAGUAUGCUUCUGUUUUUCCAUUUACAUGCAGCAGAAGGUCACAUUUAUGUUUAAAACACAUCAUAAAUAUCUUAUAGUAUCAGUUCACUGCAGUAAUUUGAUCAUUGCACAAAGUUACACACUGUUUAUAACUGCGUAAAGUAAAUUAUUUUCCUCCUGGAGUUGUUAUAAAUUUCAGAUGAGAGGUUUAAUUUGGUUGACUCUGUACAUAACUAAUGUUUUAAUCAAUUUUUAAAUGCUGUGUUUAUAAAAAUGAAGAUGAUUAUCAAUUCUGUAUUGAAAUGUUAGAAAUCUUUGUGUGAAGACACUUCAUUGUGUAUCUGUACUGUGUGUGUGUCAAUACACAUCAAUAUACUGAUUAUUGAUCAGCAUGUUAUUUUCUCGAAGCAUCUUUGAGACACUGAUGGUUUAAAAUUACAUUGAAAUGAAUAAUUUGCUGUAAAUCGCUGUUUCACAUUGUAGACUAUUAUACUCCCAUUUAAUAUUGCGUUAUAAGCAUAAUAGCUUUGGGUGACCACAGGAGGGGAACUGUUAGGUUAAAUUUUAUUAUAUGUAGGUUAUAUGUAGGUUUAGUUAAGUAUUAAUUCUUGGCCAAGAAGUUAGCAAAUUAUUCUGUGACAAAAUUAUAUUAUUAGUUGAAAUGACCUUAUGUCUCGGCUGGACAUUGUUUGGGAACAUUUUGUUUAUUUUGAUAUGAAAUGUGUAUUUUUGAUCAGAGAUGUGUCUGAGCGACGCGAAGGUCUGUUUUGAUGUCAGAUCGACCUACACACACACUCGCAGCAAUCGGGAUUAAAUAUUAAAUUUAAUGCCAUGAUUUAUAGCUAGUAUUGUGAUUUAACCAGCUUCUUUAAUGUUGAAUCUGAAGUUGAAAUGAUUGAAUGUUAGAUGUAAGGCUGCAUUAAGUGAUUCAUGUUAGUUCGAUAAUCUAUAGAUUGUAUUAGCCUUAUUGCUGAACAAAGUGUUAAGAUCCUUUAUUAUUAUUUUUGGACUAUUACUAUUACUAUUACAUAUACUAUGGUAAUGAUCUAGAUUUAAUCGUUAGGUCUAA